GAGUACCUAGGGUCUGCCUCGACUAGGUCCGGCAGGCUCGGUAUAAAGGCAGGCGGGCGGAGGAGGGAGGCAGUAUACUGCGGACACCCCUACAGACACUACUUCCAAUAUGAAAUCUGCUCUGUUCAUCGUGCUGAUCGCGGCGGCGGGCGCGCUGGGCGCAGAGGAGAAGAAGCAGGAGAAGCGCGGCCUGCUGGGGCUGGGCUACGGCGGCUACGGCGGCUACAGCGGGCUCGGCUACGGCGGCGGGCUCGGCCUCUACAACCACGGGCUAGGACUCGGCCAUGGACUAGGAUACGGCCAUGGACUGGGCUACGGCCACGGGCUGGGCUACGGCGGCGUGCUGGGCCACGGGCUGUACGGCGGCGCGCUGAGCCACGCGCCCCUGCUGGCGCCCGCCCCCGUGCUGGGCCACGGCGUGGUGGCGCCGGCCCCCGUGCUGGGCCACGGGCUCUACGGCGGGCUCGGCAACCCCUGGCUGGGGCUCGGCCACGGCGGCAUCCUCCACUAACUGUCUAAGCAUGCUGUAUGAGGUUCGUGUUCUAUUUGUGCCAAAACGUGUCUUUGUCUACUGAAACUACGCUGGUGUCGUAUUGAGUGUAAAUGAUUGAUUUGAUUGAAUAAAUUUUCUUUAUUAAGUAA